AAUUGCAGGUGGUUUUGAGCUGGCUGAUGAGUGCUGGGGACUCCCCUGAGAGACCAACAAGUACUCUUAACCACUGAGCUGACUCUCAGUCUCAUCUGUUUUUAUCUUCUGGAAGAGAUUGCAAGUUGUUGACAUCACAUUUUCACUAAAUGUUCCAGAAAACAAAUCAGAAAGAGCCUGGACUUGCUAUUUCUCUUCCAGAAAGGUGUUCCUCGGUUUGAUUUGCUUUUCAUUGUAUUUAGGCUUGGUGCUGGCUGUGAUGUGCUUGUACCACAACAGAAUAAGGGUCAGGGACAGCUUUCAGAAGUUGGUUCUCUUCGAUGCAACUUAGACUAUCAAACUUGGCAGCAAGCUUUCGUAUCUGGCCUUGGUGUAACACAUUUUGACAGUAGAUGUUUCAUGUUAUCGAUCAGACGAGUGAUGUGAUUGUUUAUAUUUUUUUAUUCUAUGAGAAUUUUACAUGUGUGCAUAAUAAAAUAUGAUCAUAGCUGUCCCCCAUUUCCACUUCAAACUUCCUGUAUAUCCUCAUAACAUGUUUCUUGCCCAACUUCAUGUCUUUUUUUCUUCCUUAUAAACCAUUAAGCUUAAUUAGUACUGCCUAUAUGUACAUGGGUAUGGUACCAUCCACUGGUGCAUAGGAAACUACCAGUGGCUACACGUAAAAGAGUGAUUCUCUCUCCCCCAGCAGCUCCCACCUGUCACUAGCUCCUUAGUAAGGGUUGAGGCAUGAAGUGAAUCUCUCUGUUUAUGCCAAGAUUUUGUCUGGCUUGAUCUUGUAUAGAUAACCUUAGAUGCCAUGAGUUCACAAGUACAAUAGUCAUGUUAUGUCCAGAAGUCGGCAUUUUAUAGCACUCCUCUUCUCCACCUCUGGCCCUUACAUUCUUUCCACCUCUCCUCUGAUGUUCCUUUAGCCUUGGGCAUGAGGGAACUAUAGCAUGAAUCUUAAAAGUUCUUAUUAAUAAAAUCAAACCUGAGGCCAGUUAUUGGGGUCAAUGCUGGUAGAUCAGAGAGAUGGAACAAGCCACAGCUACUCACCUCGCCGGAUCCUCAGCUGGUCUUGUCUCCUCAGACUGGAGGCCUCUGAGUCUUCAUCCAGAAUGGGUCUCAGCUGAAUUGCUGCUCAAAAGCCUGAAUGCUUAACCAGCCAAAUUUCUACCACCACUCUCUGGGAUUAAAGGCUUGCUUUCUGGGAUUAAAGGCGUGAUGAGUCACCAUGCCUGUCUGUAUCCUUGAACACAUCGAUUUCUGCCUCUGGAAUGCUAGGAUUAAAGGAGCCAGUAACCUUUGAGGAUGUGGCUGUGAACUUCACCUUAGGAGAAUGGGCUUUGUUGGAUUCUUAUCAAAAGGAGCUCUACAAAGAUGUGAUGAAGGAAACCUUUAGCAACCUGAUCUCCAUAGGGAAAGCCGAAGAACAUAUUGGAGAAGAUUACCAAAACAUUAGGAGAAAUCUGAGCACUCAUAUGGUUAAAGGAUUCUAUGAAUUUCAACGUGGUAUUCAGUAUGGAGAAGCCCCUCAAAAGAUUCAAGAGCAUAUUGUUAAUGAGUGCACGUCUCCUGGAAUAAUAGUAUGUGAAAACAGUGUGUGUGAAAAUGAUGUCAUUGGUCUUUCACAGUCAGAUGUGCACCUCAAAGGUCCAACUGUAGAGAAACCAUAUGCAUAUCAGGGACAUGUGGAAAAGCUUUUUAAACAUAAGAAAUGUUGGAAAGAUUUUACACAUUCUGAGUCCUUUCUUACCUAUGAGAAUCCUUCCAGACAGAAACCCUAUGAAAAUAAACUAUCUAAUGAGCACUGUAGGAGUCUCACUUCUGAUCAAGAUUGUGAGACAAAUCGUAGUCUCCGUGAAUAUAAGCAGUUUGAAACCGCUCUCAUGACAUGUAGUUAUGUUCAGUCAUAUGAAAAACUCCAAACUGGAGAAAAACCAUUUGUAUGUAAGCAGUGUGGAGAAACCUUCAUUAAUUCCAGUCACCUUAUCAAACAUCAUAAAAUUCAUACUAGAGAGAGGACUUUUGCAUGUAAGUAUUGUGGAAAAGCUUUCAUCCAUCCAAGGGCCUGCUAUAAUCAUGAACGAACUCACACUGGAGACAGACCUUAUGUGUGUAAACAAUGUGGGAAAGCAUGUAUUCAUUCUUACCACCUUCUCCAACAUGAAAGAAGUCACAGCCGAGAAAAACUUUAUGCAUGUAAGCAGUGUGGGAAAGUAUUUGGACGUUCUUCAUACCUUCGUAAACAUGAAAGAAUUCACACUGGAGAGAAACCUUAUUUAUGUAAGCAUUGUGGAAAAGCAUUCAGUGAUCCCACAACCCGUAACAAUCAUGAAAGAACUCACACUGGAGAGAAACACUAUGUUUGUAAACAGUGUGGAAAAGCCUUCAUUCGUUCCUCUCAGCUUCUGAUCCAUGAAAGAAUUCACACUGGAGAGAAACCUUACUCGUGUAAACAUUGUGGGAAAGCUUUCACCUAUUCCAGUGCCUGUUACAUUCAUGAAAGAAUUCACACUGGAGAGAAACCUUAUGUAUGUAAGCAGUGUGGGAAAGCAUUUACAUGUUCCACAUACCUUCACAAACAUGAAAGAAUUCAUACUGGAGAGAAACCUUAUUCAUGUAAGCAAUGUGGGAAAGCCUUCAUCCAACAUAGGGCUUGUUACAAUCAUGAAAGAAUCCACACUGGAGAGAAACCAUAUGUAUGUGUGCAAUGUGGACAUGCAUUCACUUUUUCAAAAUCCCUUCAAAUACAUGAAAGAAACCAUACUGGAGAGAAACCAUAUGUAUGUAAGCAAUGUGGGAAAGCAUUCACAUGUUCUACGUAUCUUCACCAACAUGAAAGAACUCACAAUGAAAAGAAAUCCAGUGGGUAGAACUUAUACUAAUAUAAAUCAUGUGAGAGUCUUUGUAGCCAGCUUGCUGUUAUUGCAAGGAGAAAGAAGUAUGGAAAGAAACCAAGAGAAUAGGAGAUCAGCAGUUGUG